ACCUCGUUACUCGUUGUCUGAUAUUGAUAAUCCGUUAGUCUCUAAGCACUCACUCACACCCCUACUUCUGGUGGUGCCGAGAGCGAUUUCCCUCGUCUCAUCUAACCUGUAUCCAUCCUCCCACAAGUGCAUUAGCCUGUCUGAGCACCCACCCAAUUCCGCCCGUUCUAUGCUUGCUUCUGUCCACAGGUGCCUACUGACCCGGAUUUGACCAACCCUCCUUGACAGACAACACACCAAUAAGUGUCGCCCACCUACUCAAGAGUCAACGCUCACAAAGUUCCACACUUUAAAUUGCCUUGUCUACAGCAUCGAACUGCGAUACCAUCGUUGUAGAAGAAAACAUACAAAUUACUCCUUCAGGGGACACAUCAAUGACGCCCUACCAGUAACAAGUAAAUCCUGAACCACGCGUUUGCUUUCAUAAUCUAGGGUCCGCUGGCUGCCGAGUUGCCGUCAUGGCCGACAACGGUCCACAAAAGCGGUCAGAGGAGCAACUCACCGAUGAAGAAUUCGCCGCGUUACCUCCUAUUGAUUUCGUGACACUGGGCAUGUUCAUUAUUGAUGAAAUACACUUCCUGCCGCCUACGCCGCCAGUCUAUGACAUACUUGGGGGCGCCGGGUCCUAUGGUGCCCUGGGAGCCCGUCUCUUCUCGCCCCCUCCACACGCAUCUUCUGUGGGUUGGAUUGUCGACAAGGGCUCCGACUUUCCGCAGUCUUUGGGUGACCUCAUCAGCAGCUGGGGGACCUCUGUUGUGCUCCGUGAUGACCCCGAGCGCCUGACCACGCGCGGAUGGAACGGGUAUGAAAGCGCUGAAAAGCGUGCUUUCAGAUAUACAACCCCAAAGAAACGUCUCACCGCCAACGAUUUGACACCCCAUCUGCUACUUUCCAAGUCUUUUCACCUUAUCUGCUCCCCAGCUAGAUGCAGAGAUUUAGUGGCAGAGAUUACCUCGUCCCGCAAGCGUGUAUGCCCACCGGAUGUGUACACAAAGCCCAUUUUCAUAUGGGAACCCGUGCCAGACCUAUGUACGCCCGAUGAACUUCUCAAUUGUACGAAUACUCUACCUCUUGUCGACAUCUGUAGUCCGAACCACUCCGAGCUGGCGGGUUUCAUGGGAGACGAUGGCUUGGACGCGGAAACCGGCGAGAUAUCUAAGACAGCUGUCGAAAGAUCCUGCGAGCAGCUCCUCGCCAGCAUGCCUCUUUCAUCCUUCACGCUCGUCAUCCGUGCCGGCGACAAAGGUUGCUAUAUCGCUCGGAACGGGGGUCGCAAGCGCCAGCCAAAGACAAGAGACGGCAUAGGCUCGAAGCGUCGCCGAAAAGAUUACACGAGAGGCGGUUUACAGCCCGACACCGACAUGGAAGCAUUGUUCGCCGGCCUGCUUCAGGAUGACGAAGGUGUCGUUGUUCGCGAAGAGAUUGAGGUGGAUUCCGGCAUGGAGCGGUGGAUUCCUGCUGUUCACAACGACCCCGCCAAGGUACUAGAUCCAACUGGUGGCGGCAACACAUUCUUGGGCGGCCUCGCCGUUGCGCUCGCAAGGGGCAAGAACGUUGAGGAGGCUGCAUUGUGGGGGAGCGUCGCUGCCAGCUUUGCUAUCGAACAAGUGGGCUUACCUCAAAUGGGCCAGGACAACGAAGGUAACGAGAUUUGGAAUGGCAUCAGGGUGGAAGACCGGCUUGCUGAAUUCAAAAGUCGUUUGUAGAGAGAAUAGAGCCCAGUAUAAUAAACUUGGCCCUAUUACAGAAACCUGUAUUCGGGCCAACGAGAUGAAAUGUGG